GACUUACUACAAGCACAAAAACAAAGCAUGAAUUACAACCAUUCAUUGAAUGAAAAUGCUAUCCAAAAUCUAAUCCUUACUUGGUUGGGUUCAUGAGUCACAACCACACAUCCACGUACCCACAUCUUACUACACUUUAUAGUAACAUAACAUAUAACUAAGAAUUUGCUUCCCUUCAAGACUCUAUACUCCAACUUCUUCUUCCUUGUAGGCUUAAUCAUGGCUUCGGCUACUUUCUCUGUAGCCAACCCAGCUCUUAAGGUAAAUGGGAAAGGCUUUUCUGAAUUCUCUGGUCUCCGUAACUCAUCAGGAUAUCUUCCCUUUUCUAGAAAAACUUCAGAUGACUUUCAUUCUGUCAUUUCCUUCCAAACCAAUGCAGUUGGAAGCAGUGGAAGAUCCAAGAAAGGUGUUGUAGUGGAAGCAAAAAUUAAGGUAGCCAUAAACGGAUUUGGAAGGAUCGGACGGAACUUCUUGAGAUGUUGGCAUGGUCGUAAGGACUCGCCUCUUGACGUCAUUGCCAUCAACGACACCGGAGGUGUAAAGCAAGCCUCUCACCUUCUCAAGUAUGAUUCCACACUUGGAAUCUUUGAUGCUGAUGUUAAACCUGUUGGCACUGAUGGUAUCUCUGUUGAUGGAAAGGUUAUCAAAGUUGUCUCCGACCGUAACCCUGCCAACCUUCCUUGGGGGGAGUUGGGAAUAGAUUUGGUGAUUGAAGGAACUGGAGUGUUUGUGGACAGAGAAGGUGCAGGGAAGCACAUUACAGCAGGAGCUAAGAAGGUACUCAUCACAGCCCCCGGAAAAGGAGACAUCCCAACUUAUGUGGUUGGUGUCAAUGCUGAUGGUUACAGCCAUGCUGAUGAUAUCAUCAGCAAUGCUUCUUGCACCACUAACUGCCUUGCUCCCUUUGUCAAGGUCCUUGAUCAGAAAUUCGGUAUCAUCAAGGGUACCAUGACUACCACUCACUCCUACACCGGUGACCAAAGGCUUCUUGAUGCUAGCCACCGUGAUCUAAGGCGUGCAAGAGCAGCAGCUCUUAACAUUGUGCCAACUUCAACCGGAGCAGCAAAGGCAGUGGCCCUUGUCCUCCCAUCACUCAAAGGCAAGCUCAACGGUAUUGCACUCCGUGUGCCAACACCAAAUGUUUCGGUGGUGGACCUCGUUGUUCAAGUCUCAAAGAAGACAUUUGCUGAAGAAGUGAAUGAGGCUUUCAGAGACAGUGCAGCCAAGGAGCUGAGUGGUAUUCUCUCAGUUUGUGAUGAGCCACUUGUGUCUGUAGAUUUUAGGUGCACUGAUGUGUCCUCAACCGUCGAUUCGUCAUUGACAAUGGUUAUGGGAGAUGACAUGGUUAAGGUGAUUGCUUGGUAUGAUAAUGAAUGGGGUUACUCACAAAGGGUUGUUGAUUUGGCUGACAUUGUUGCCAAUAACUGGAAGUGAGAGCCGAAUAAUAUUUGCUAAUUAUAUAUAUGUAUGUACCAUGUGCCAUUGUAAUUUUGUACACUUCUUGCUUCAUUUUUCUCUUAUCUUUCGAAACUUGUAUUGAGAAAUAGAACCAUCAAUUUUCUCUUGCUCCUCAUUGUGCAAUAAAUUCUUUUACCUUGAAAUAUAAAUGUGAGACUAGGCCCUUAAAUCUAUAUGUGGAUUCAA